AUGGUCCCCACGCUGAGCCUUUGGGAAAGCUUGACAGAUCCGAGCCCAUCUCUGAGACUUCGAGCUUUGGAUCGCUUGAAAAACGAUGAGCUCUUCCAGGAGUUCCGGGAGAGGGUGAUUGCUCUGAUCGAUGAUCCCAGCUGCGAGGUCAGCGCCAAGGCCUUGGCUCUCCUGCGGGAGAAGAUGGCGAGUGCAGAUCCCUCCAAGAGAGAAUCACUCAGGAAUCUCUUCAAAAAGAAGGUCUCCAGUGACGUUCUUGAGCAACAUUUCCAGAAGAUCGUGCCGUCACUUCUGGCAGAUCCGCGCCUGCAGCUCUGGUCCUUUGAGUUUCUGAAAUCGCGAACUUCCGCAAGCCAGCUCAUGGCAAACCUUGAUGUUAUCGUGGCACACUUUGCAAGUCAAGACUGGUUGGUGAAAAGGCGGACCUUGGAGUUCAUUCAGGAACAGCUUCCGAGCGAGUUGGGCACAGGUCAUGUCCGCCACAUGGUCGCACUCCUGGCGAACGGCGAUUGGCAGGUGAGACGUUUGACCAUUGAAAUAUUGGAGCAGAGGGCGCCGAGCAUGCUGCUCGCUGAGCAUUGGGAGAUUUUGUUUGCGCUUGUCGCGGAUCCAAAGUGUGAGGUGCAAGAGCAGGCACUAAAUCUCUUGGAGGAGAAGAUGCCGAGUGAGCUAAUCGCUGAGCAGUUCGCCGAACUCCGCAGAUACCUGCGAGACGCACACCCCAGCAUCAGGAAAUCCAGCCGGCACUUCUUCCAGAAGAAGAUCUCGGCCCACAUUCUCGCCCGGCACUUUGCGAAAAUCGUGCCAGCGCUGCUCGCUGACUCGGAGCUUCAGGCCUGGUCCUUUGGCUUCCUGUCGGGUCGGAUCUCCUCGAAGCACCUCCCGGAUCUCAUCGACUGGAUCGUCGCGCUCCUUGCCAGCCAAGAGCACCCCUGGAAUCGGCAGAGGGCGGCCCUGGAGUUCAUGAAAGGGCAGCUGCCCAGUGGUAUGCUGAGUGCGCAGCACUUCGGGAAGAUCGUAGCUCUCCUGGAGAAUUCGGAGUGCAAGGUGAAGAAGUGGACUUUGGAUCUACUGCAGGGGCGGAUGCACAACAGGCUGCUAGCGGUGCUUUUCACUGAGCAUGGGGAGAAGAUCUGGCCACUGUCGGAGCACGAGGACCCAUCGGUGCAGGCUGCAGCUUCGAAGCUCGUUUUACAAAAUGGCUGUCGUCUUUCGAAUGACUUGGUCACCCAACUCUCUCAGAAGUUUGCCGGGCUUCUAUACAAGAGGGGUGACCUGACUAGAUUCGAGCAGAUCUUUCCGGAUCUUUUGAAGAAGAGACGGCCGCAGCAUGACUUGGGCGAGCUCUUGUUGAAGCUGCCGGUCUCUCGCAUCCUCGCUGCUGUUCUGCAGAGCGAGGACGUUGCCGGCUGGAGAGACAAAGCCGGCAACACCUGGCUGCAUGUGGCCGCCGAAGCUGGGCACCUGGAAGCCUGUGAAGCAUUGAUGGAUCUGUGUGGGCUUGUGUUGCGGGCACAGAACAAAGCUGGCGACGAGCCGCUGGCUCUUGCGGCGAGUCGCGAAGUCGAUCGGUUCCUCAGGAGCAGGAUGGGCUUCAGUGAGACGCGGUUCGGCUACGGGAAUGCUUUCGACGAAUCGCAGACAGACCUGAGACAAGUAGGCGAGAUGACCUGGUACACGGUGCCUCUCCGUGGCAUGGCCGGUCAUUGUGGAGGCCUGCACUCCUUCCUCGUCGUCACUGUGUCCGCGGACACAUCUGGAGCGAAAACUUAUGUGCUCGAGAAGGCCGGCUCGCAAGCUAAUCAGGCCCACCAGAGAAAUGGGAUCUGUGUUGGAAGCCAAGAUCUGAGCAGCAACUUGAAGGGUGUUCAGGGUUUGAAGAUGUACAAGACACAGCUUUCCCUCAGUGACGGAAGCCUGCGGAGAGGGCUAAAGAUGAAGGAGCUUUACAAGCAAGCUCACGGCACGGGCCCCUACCAUCUUGCAUCGUCGAACUGCCAUCACGCUGCCCAAAGAGUCUACAACCACUGCUGUGCCAGAGACCAAGAUCGGGAGGCUCGGGCCCCCAACGAGUGGUUGGCAAAGCUCGGGUCCGCAAUUCAGCUAGCUGCCUUGUUUGAUUCCCGCUCAAGUUCGGAAUCCUCGGCUUCCGAUGUUGCGUCCUCGAAAUCAGAACUGGCCUCCGGCAGAGAGCUUGUAGAUUCUCCGAGCGGCUUCUCAGUACCCGUUGAUCUCGCGUCCGACGCUUUCGCUGAGAUGGCCGCGGCCCUGUGCCAUGCCGUGUAUGAUGAGGACGCUGCGAGGGUCUUAUUGCCGACACAGGUGGCUGUCGUGUCGAUCCGCAACCAGUUGUCCAGACCCGUUCUCGUGUACGACCACAGCAGCAAGACCAGCCAUAGCGUGGAGGCUGACGAGGUAGCGAAUAUUAUUGUAGGAUGUGAUGCUGAGAAAACUCUGGUGGAUGUUUAUGCUGUGGCAUGGGUUCCGGGGCUCUAUCCCCAUCGACGUCUGGCCCAGAGGCAAGCCAUGUGGAGUGGCCAUGCCUACAUCAUGCUCACAGAUUUUCGAAGUGAUGUCGUGCUGCAAGAGGUGGCGGCAGUUGCACCGCGACAGCCCGUAGACGUGCUGUAUGCGACAAAGAAGAGUCGUAGCGCGAGUCCGGUGCAGUGGCUCCUGGCAAGAUCGCGGUCUGUGCUUUAUGCGGCUUUCCGAGGUACGGAUGAUGUGCAAGAUGCUGCGAUUGACCUCUGCGCCGUGCCAGACUGUUCUAGAUUCAGAGAGCAUGGUAUGGGUGUACACAGUGGGAUCGCCCACGCCCUCGAGCAGGAGGGAGAUGAAAUCAAUCAUGUCGUACGUGAUGUUCUGGGAGCUUUGGAAGAGCAUCGUCAACCCGAGGAGCGGUUGGUCCUGUGUGGACACUCGCUCGGCGGAGGCUAUGCCCAAGUGAUGGCCGUCCACUUGUUGACGCGUAAGGUUGAAGUGUCAGCUAUCCGCACCUUCGGUGCUCCGCAUGUCCUCAUACCGCAGCAUGAAUGUCCGAGGUUUUGGCGGAAUCUGCACUCGAUCACGCAGCAUUGGGUGCACGACUGGGACCCUGUUCCCAGGCUGCCCCUCUGCAAGACCUGGCUGGUCGAUGUCCUGCCAAAGCUCAAGCAGGAAGUUGUCAAAGGAGUCAGAGUGGGACUUGCCGAAAGGUGCGUCGAGCGACUUCGGCAGAAUCACGACAGAACGAAGGCACGUAUGCUGGAGAAGUACGAUGUCGUUGGCAAGGUCGUGUUGGUGAGCCUUGCCUCUGAAAUGGCGUUUGGCGCAACCCAGGAUGUGGUAUCACUAAGACUACUUGCAGAUUGCUCGGAAGCUGACUUCCGCGUGAGCAAGGCCAGCGGAAGCUUCAUCACGCUGGGUCAGGAUUGUCAUGGUGGAGCUGAGACCUCCAGGCUAUACACCAGUGGCAGCCGUGUGGUUGGCCAGUUGAAGGCAUCUCAUUGGGAAGCCUUCAUAGCUGCUGUGGGUGGUCUAGGCGCCGUGGCCGCAGCUGCGGAAUGCAACAGGGCGCUUAGUGUUUUGGCGACGCAGCCACAAAGCACACUGAGCGCGGAGCAAAAACAGAAGGUCAUGACACUGUUGGAUCUACUGCUGCAUUCCGACAGUGCCAUGAAGGACGUGACCUGGAACCUUCUGCAUGCGCAGAUGCCAGGUGAGCGGCAUCUUCGGCAUUGGGACAAGAUCUUGCCACUGUUGAGGGAUGAAGCCGCAUCUGUGCAGGCUGGAGUACAAGACGCGCUUUUGGUCACAGUUGCGCGGCUCUCGAGCGUGCAGAUAAAACAACACUCUGAGCAGUUUGUUGCGCUCCUCCUCGAUGUGCUGUUCUUGAAUGUUCGAGCAUUGACACUGCCGUGCCGGCUGCCGGCGGCUAGCUUAAGCAGGCACAGGGAGGAAACUGGCUCCACGUCGCGGCUGCGGCAGGCAAUCCGGAGGCUGUGCCACGCCCAGGUGGACGUCGAGGGCCUUCCCCAGAGCGCCAAGAAUGAAGCUGGACAAGAGCCGCUUGACCUCUCGACAAGUCGCGAAGUGUACGGAUUCUUGAGGCGAAGGAUGGGCCGUCAGCAAAGCCGAUUCGGCCGUGGGGAUGGCUUCGCUGAGAUGGAGCAGGAUGACAGGCUCGUGCCCUGCUGGCUCUUCCCGGCAUGGCUGCCGAAGUCGGGGGCCUUCACUCUUCCUGGACCUGGAAGUCUGCAAAAUGCCGAAGCAGAUGCGUGUGUGCCGUUCGUUGCCGGGGCAGUGUUCGUGAAGGGCGGUGUCCAAGCGAUGCACCACUGCCUCGAAGUCACACUCAGGCCCGGGUUUGAUGAGGAUAGGAAAAGACGUGUAUUGGAGUUCAUUAAGGUGGCCAGGGAGUUGGUGUGGGAUGCUGGCCACAUUGCGGCACUCUUGGCCAACAGCGACUGGCAGGUGAGACUGUGGACUGUCAACCUCCUGAAUCUUCAAAUGCCGACUGAACUGCUUAUGAGACUGCUGACGGAGCAUCGGAACAGAAUGCUUUCGCUGCUCGCAGAUCCAAGGUGGGAGGUCCGUCGGCAAGCUCUGAAUCUCUUGGAGGAGAAGAUGCCGAAGGAGCUGAUCGCUGAGCAGUUUGACAAAUUCCUUGCAGACUUAGACAGCAUCAGCGAAGGCCGAUUUCGGAACACCUGCUGCUGCCUCUUCGAAAGGAAGAUCUCGACUGAGUUGCUCGAGUGGCACUUCCAAAAGAUCGUUCCACCGCUUCUCGGUGACCCACGCCUGCAGUCGUGGUCCUUCGACUUCCUGAGGCCCAAGAUAUCAGCAAACCAGCUGCUUGCUAACCUGGAUGUCAUCAUGGUCCGCCUAGCUGAUCAAGACUGGACGUUGAAGCAGCGGGCGUUGGAGUUCAUGAAGGAGCAGCUGCCCGGCGAGUUGGAGGCAGACCAUGUCGUGCACAUCGUUGCACUCUUGGCGAAUAGCGAUGAAUACGUAGUCUGCUGGACAGCGGAUCUCUUGAACCAGCGACUGCCUGUCAGACUUCUCAUUGAGCAGUUCGAGAGCUUUUUGGUUCAUCUGGAGAAUGGGAAUUCACGAACCGAGAAGGCCAGCCGGCGCCUUUUCGAGCAGAAGCUCACGAGAGAAGUCCUCGCUGAGCACUUCGGGAGGAUCGGACUGCCGCUGUUAAUGGGCUCGAGCUUGCAGCCUUGGUCGUUUCGCUUCCUGAGAGAGCGUCUCGCAACAGAGCAGUCGCAGCAACUGGCAGCGCUGCUUCGCAAAGCCGGCCUUUUGGCGAAGUUUGACACGAUCUUUCUGACUCUGCUGCAGAGCAGACCGCCCAAGGACGAAUUGGCGAUGCUCUUGUGCAAGCUACCUUUCUCUUGCCUGCUCGCGGAAAUGCCAAGGGCGCCUAUUGCUAGCUGGCGAGACACAGAAGGCAACACCUGGCUGCACGUCGCUGCCGAAGCGGGGCACCUGGAGGCUUGCGAGGCUUUGGUAGACCAAGUCGGCCUCCCCCUGCGCGAGAAGAACAAGGCUGGCGAGGAGCCACUGGCCAUCGCGGCGAGUCGUGCAGUGGAUCGCUUCCUGAGGAGCAGGAUGGGCUACCAGGAGACGCGGUUCGGCUACGGGAAUGCUUUCCAAGAGAUGGCGCAAGAUGAGAGGUUGGUUUCUGAGGUGACCUGGUACACGGUGCCUCUCCCAGACAUCGCUGGCCAACUUGGAGGCCUUCACUCCUUCCUCACCGUUGCUGUCUUUGGCACGGAUCAGGGAACAAAGACAUACGUGCUUGAGAAGGGUGGGUCCUGUGGCAGGGAGGCCCAUCAGAAGCAUGGCGUUUUCAUAGGCAGCCAAGAUCUGAGCCGCAACUUGAAGAGUGUGGAGGGUUUGAAGAUGCACAAGACACAGCUGACCCUCAGUGACGGCAGCCUGCGGAGAGGGCUAAAGAUGAAGGAGCUUUACGAGAAGGCUCGACCUCCGAACUACUGGCUUGCACAGCUGGGGUCGAUUUUUCAGCUGGAUGGUUUGCUCAGCUCGACCAGUUGCUGCUCCGAAGGCUCUGGAUCAGAUGUUGCUUCAGCGAAUUCGGAAAUGGCCUCAGGAAGCCCUUCCACGGAUUUUCCGAGUGGCUUCGGAGAGCCUGUGGAUCUCCGCCGCGAUGCCGUUGCAGAAAUGGCCGCCGUGCUGAGCCACGCCGCGUACGAGGAGGAUGUCGUGGCAGUCUUGAAGCCGCUGGAGCCUGAUGCUGUCUCCAUCCGCAACAGGCUGGCCAGACCGGUGGACGUGUACGACCACAGCACACAGAAAAGCCACAGAGUGGAAGCUGAAGCGAUGAUCAGUCUUGAAGGAUGCCAUGUCGAGAAGAUCCUCGUGGACAUAUGCGCAGUUGCACGGGUUCCACGGCUCUAUCGCCAUCGGUGUCUGACCCAAAGGCAAGCCGUGUGGAGAGGCCAUGCUUACAUCAUGUCCACAGACUUCCGAGGUCAGGUUGUGCUACAAGAGGUAGUGUCAAGUGCACCGAGACAACUGGUAGAUGUGCUUCGCACUGCCCAGAAGAGCGGCAGCAACAGUCCGGUGCAGUGGCUCCUUGCCAGAUCGGGCUCCUUCCUUUCCACUGCCUUCCGAGGGACGGAUGAUGUGCAAGAUGCCGCGAUUGACCUCAGCGCCGUGCCAGACUUUCACAGAUUCAAAGAGUAUGGCAUCGGCGUGCACGUCGGGAUUGCCCAUGCCCUUGAGCAGGAGGGAGAUAAAGUCAAUCAUGUUGUGCAUGAUGUUCUGCAAGCUUUGGACGAGCACGGUGUGCCUGGAGAGCGGCUGGCCCUUUGCGGCCACUCACUCGGUGGAGGCUACGCGCAAGUGAUGGCCAUCCACUUGCUGAGUCGGAACGUGGACGUUGCGGCUGUCCGGACCUUCGGUGCUCCACACGUCCUGGUGCCUCCGAAGCCAGAAGAUUUUUCAAUACUGUGGCAGAAGUUGAAUUCGAUCACCCAGCAUUGGGUGCAUGACUGGGAUCCUGUCCCGCGGCUUCCUCUCUGCAGCGCCUGGCUGGCUGACGUCCUGCCGAAGCUGAAGCAGGAGGUCGUCACAGGGAUCAGGGUUGGCAUUGCGCAGAAGUACAUCGAAGCCUUGCAGCGGAACUCCAAUCAAUCCAGGGUCAAGCUCUUGGACAGGUACGAUGUGGCGGGCGACGUCGUGUUGGUGAGCAAGGCCACGAGUUCGGCCCUCCGUGCAAAAAGGGGGGCCGCAGCAUUGAAGGACUUGCUCGGCGAGAAGCCUCCUCGUUCCAUCAUGACUCUGAGCAAGCUACCCGCUUACCACAGCAUGGCGGAUUACUUGCAGAUUGCUGGGAAGCUGGCGGCCUCAUAA